AGAGCCCCCCCCCCUCUCCAAAGCAGCCGUUUCCUCCCGGGGAAAAGAGCCCUGCAAUCCGGAGACCGGCGGCUGGAACUGCAAGAGACCUGCGCACCUCCCCGGGAGGUUGGCAACAGGAAAACUCUCCCAGGGUUUGAGAGAGAGCAGCAGUCCUAGAGAGGCAGAUGGGAGGGGGCCGGGGGAGCCAUUUCCUGUAUCCCCCCCCCCCCCACUCUCCGUUUGCAGGAGCCGCCUUGGCAUUUCCCGGGGAGCUGCUUCAGUGGCUUGGGGGGCUCCGGCUGCAGCAGAAAGACCUCUGGAUGCCUUCUCCUUCGUGUGGAGAAGAGUCAAGUGCUGCCAUGCAGCCGCCACAGGGUGGGGCGACCUUCGAAGAGGUGGCUGUGUAUUUCACCCAGCGGGAGUGGACCUUGCUGAGCCCAGGCCAGAAAGCUCUGUACAAGGAAGUCAUGCUGGAGAAUUUUGGGAACGUGGCCUCUCUGGGACCUCAGAUUGCCAAACCUGACUUCAUAUCCUGGCUGGAAGAGGACAAAGAGCCAUUUCUCCUGGUGGAUGAAGAAGAGGAAGGAUUAGCAGCAGGUUGUAUGUGGGAAUCAGUAAAUGGAACAUCUGAGCAUCCAACCAUGGAGAAAAAAGAGAUAUAUUCAGAUGUGAAAGAGGAAGAUGAAUGCUGUGACGCUCUGAGGAAGGAGGAGGGAAAACACACAUCUAAUGAGAAAAAUAAUACUAGAGCUUUCCAGGGGGGUAACUUUCUACGGCAGAAAAUGAACCAAAGAGAAAAUAGAAAUGAGACCACUGCAAGCAGACAAAGUACUCCUGAAAAACCAGAUAUUAAUAUUCACUGGAGCACCUAUAACAGAAAGAAAAAACAUAAAUGCCAGGAAUGUGGGAAAACGUUCAGUCUGAGGGGAAGCCCAAGAUCACAUGAAAUGAUUCACCAAAUGGAGAAACUAUGCAAUUGUCUAGAGUGUGGAAAAAGCAUGAAUCAGAUUGGAAAACUUUCUUCCCAUCACAGAAUUCACACAGGGGAGAAACCGUAUAAAUGCCUGGAUUGUGGCAGCAGCUUCUGUAAGAGUAGAAACCUUACUCUCCAUCAAAGACAUCAUACAGAGGAGAAACCAUUUAAAUGCCUACAAUGUGGAAAAAGCUUUGAUCAGAGUGGACACCUUAUUGUCCAUCAAAGAAUUCACACAGGGGAGAAACCUUAUAAAUGCCUGGAGUGUGGGAAAAGCUUCAGUCACAGUAACAGCUUGUCUUCCCAUCAAAGAAUUCACACAGGAGAGAAACCAUAUAAAUGCCUGGAAUGUGGGAAAAGUUUCACUCAGCAUUCGCACCUAAGUGUCCAUCAAAGAAUUCAUACAGGAGAGAAACCAUAUAAAUGCCUGGAGUGUGGGGAAAGCUUCAGUCACAGUCACAGCUUGUCUUCCCAUCAAAGAAUUCACACCGGGGAGAAACCAUAUAAAUGCUUGGAGUGUGGGAAAAGCUUCAGUGACAGUGGAAACUUUACUGUCCAUCGAAGAAUUCACACAGGAGAGAAACCAUAUACAUGCCUGGAGUGCGGGAAAAGCUUCAGUCAGCGUAUACACCUUACUUCCCAUCAAAGAGUUCAUACAGGGGAGAAACCAUAUAAAUGCCUCGAGUGUGGAAAAAGCUUUACUGAGAGUGGACAACUUACUUCCCAUCAAAGAAUUCACACAGGGGAGAAACCCUAUAAAUGUCUGGAAUGUGGGAAAAGCUUUGGUCAGAGUGGAUACCUUACUAUCCAUCAAAGAAUUCACAGAGGGGAGAAACCAUAUAAAUGCCUGGACUGUGGAAAAACCUUCACUGAGAGUGGACACCUGACUGCACAUCAAAGAACUCACACAGGAGGAAAACCUUUUAAAUGCCUGGAAUGUGGGAAAAGCUUCAGUCAGAGUGGACGCUUUACUGUCCAUCAAAGAAUUCACAGAGGGGAGAAACCAUAUAAAUGCCUGGACCGCGAGAAAACUUUCAGUGAGCGUGCAAAGCUUACUUCCCAUCAAAGAACUCACACAGGAGAAAAACCAUAUAAAUAUCCAACGCGUGGGAAAAGCUGCAAUCACAAUAAAAGCUUGUCUUCCUAACAAAGAAUUCAUUCAGGAGAGAAGCCAUAGAAAUGCUAGAAGUGUGGAAAAAGUUUAACCUGGAGUAAUCGCUUUGCUUCUCAUCAAAACACUGACACAGCAGAGAAACCAUAGAGGUGUUCUAGUGUGGAAGGAAGGUUUCUUCCUUGCCGUGUGUUGUUGAAGGCUUUCAUGGGUGGAAUUAACUGGCUGUUGUGGGUUUUCCAGGUUGGGUGGCUGUGGUCUGUUAGUUUUAGCUCCUAACAUUUUGCUCACAUCUAUGGCUGGCACCUUGAGAGGCUUGUCAUGGCAAGAUGUGUUCCUCUCUGUGGCACAACUAAAACUAUUAGAACAAGACCACACAGCCUAGCAUCACAGGUUGGGUUCAGGGCAGCUAUCAACAAAUGAGAUCAACCAUAGAAGGAUUGUCUCUUUCAGCAAGGUCAUGUGUCAGGAGCUGAUGAUCAAUCAUGUCAAAGGCUUAUCACUCCUCAAAUAUUAAUAGCUUGUCCUAUAUAUGUUAACAGACUUCCAUAGUAACAGUCUUGUCACUGGAGCAAGCUCCCAUUUCCCAGACCUCUAGACACAGGUUUCCUGGAGUUGGGGGGUUGGGGGUUGGGAGAGGAGUAAGGGGCCCUGUUUCCCUAGAGAUUAUAUUGUGUAUUCAUUAUUUUAAUGAUAUUUAUGCAGAGUAUCAGUUGUUAUAUAGCUUUAUUAUCUCUGUAAAUUGAAUAGCUGAUCUGGAAAAGUACCAAAGUUUAGGAUUGUAGAGCUGAACAAAUAAAAGAUUAAUUGCUCUUUUUUUUGCAAAA